AAUCAAUCCCACUAUGUCCUGACACCAGCAUCCUUUAUACACUGGUACCGGUCAAGAUGCAUAUCAAACAGAUAACGAUCCAGGGCUUCAAAAGCUACAAGAACCAAACCGUCGUCAACCCAUUUUCUCCCAAACUCAACGUUAUCGUCGGUCGCAAUGGAUCUGGCAAGAGUAACUUCUUCGCCGCGAUUCGCUUCGUCCUCAGCGAUGCAUACUCACAGAUGGGUCGCGAGGAGCGACAAGCCCUUAUUCAUGAGGGUACAGGGUCGGCAGUCAUGUCUGCCUACGUAGAAAUCGUAUUCGACAACUCCGAUGGUCGGUUUCCUACUGGCAAUGACGAAUUGAUCCUUCGUCGUACGAUUGGUCUGAAAAAGGAUGAAUACUCUCUGGAUCGCAAAAACGCAACCAAGCAAGAUGUCAUGCAACUUCUUGAAAACGCCGGCUUCUCACGCGCGAACCCCUAUUACAUUGUCCCCCAGGGCCGAAUCACACGCUUGACAAACAUGAAGGACUCUGAGCGUCUCGACGUUUUGAAGAGCGUGGCGGGCACACAACAGUUUGUCGCAAAGAAAGAGGAGUCACAAAAGAUCAUGAGUGAGACUAACAACAAGCUUGUUGCAAUCGAUCAGACUUUUGACCAAAUAAAUGAACGCCUUGCUGAACUAGAAGAGGAGCAAGCUGAGUUGAGAGAUUUUCAAGAACAAGAUCGCGAAAAGCGUGCCUUGGAGUAUACACUGUUCACCCGCGAGCAAGAUGAAAUAAACAAAGCACUCGCUGAACUGGAGGAUAGAAGAGCAGGGGGUAUAGAUGAUGCUGAUGAAAAUCGUGAACGCUACGCUGAAGGCGAAGAUGAGUUGGCCAGAAUCACCCAACAAAUUCAGAAUCUCAACCAGCAAAUCCACGCUGCUCGGCUCGAAAAGAGACAGUAUGACGAGGAGAAGCGGGAGAAGGCAAAGGCUCGAGCACAGGUCGAACUGGAAGAGAGAAAUCUCUCCCACGGCCAGGCUGCGGCUCACCGUGCAAAACAGACCCACGACAAAGAGUUGCAGCAAGUCCGAGCACAGAUACAACAAGUUGAGAAAGAGUUAAACACGAUCGUUCCUCAGUUCGAAGCCGAAAUGGCGAAGGAGCAGUCGGUGAAGAGCCGCCUCGAUGAAGCCGUUGCGGCACAAGAGCACCUCUAUGGCAAGCAAGGCAGAAACGCGCGUUUCAAGACGAAGAAAGCUAGAGAUGAUUGGCUCCAGGCACAGAUUAGUGAAGCUUUUGAAGCAUUAUCGAGGUUCAAGGCCACAAGGAUGCAGACUGCAGAAGGCAUUCAGGAGGAUAAGAAGACGAUUGCCAGCCUCGAAAAGGAAAUCGAGAGCCUACAGCAACAAGCGGGUGGCCAAGACGAUUCGGUUGACCAAGAUAUCCUACAGGCACAGCACCGAAAAGAAAGUCUCAUGGACGAACGAAAACUUCUCUGGCGUCGAGAGGCCCAGCUGGACUCUGAAUAUGCUGCAGCACAAGACGACUUGAGGAAAGCCGAGCGAACUCUGUCCCAUAUGAUGGACGGUAACACUAGCAGAGGUUUAGAAGCAGUGCGGCGCAUCAAGCAACAGCACAAUCUCGAAGGAUGUUAUGGCCCCCUUGCCGAACUCAUCGACGUGACACAGCACCAUACUGCAGUGGAGGUGACGGCUGGAAAUUCCCUGUUCCACUAUGUUGUGGACAAUGAUGAUACAGCCACCAAAGUCAUGGAGAUCCUCAAUCGCGAGCGAGCAGGCCGUAUUACUUUUAUGCCCCUCAAUCGAUUGCAGCCGAAGACUGCCAACUUUCCGAACGCACAAGAUGCAAGACCUCUCAUGUCUCUUCUCCAAUAUGAUGAGAGGUAUAAGAAGGCCGUGCAGCAAGUGUUUGGCAAAGCAAUCAUCGCGCAGAACCUGAGUAUCGCCGCUCAGUACGCUAGAACUCAUGGACUUACUGCUGUGACACCCGAAGGUGAUAGAUCUGAUAAAAAGGGUGCGUUGACCGGCGGUUAUCACGACGUACGUACCUCUCGAUUGAAGGCAACAAAGGCGGUGAUGGCCGCUCGAGAAAAGUUUGAAGCUGUCAAGAUAGAAAGUGCCGAAAACAAGAAAAAGAUUGAGAAGAUUGACCAGACCAUUACCAAAGCUAUGAGCGAGGUCCAGAAACUUGAGCAGCGAAAGAAUCAAUCUCAAGGUAACCAGCGACUGUUAAAACAAGAGAUCAGAAACAAGGCGGACAUGCUUCAGAGAAAGAAAGACGACCUCGAUGCCAAACAAAAGCAAGAAGUUGCCAUUAGCGCCAACGUCAAGCGUUUAAGCGAUUCUCAAAGUGCAUACCAAGCCGAGCUCAAUUCAGACUUUAAGAAAGCAUUGACACAAGCCGAGGAGACGCAGCUCGAGAGCCUCACAGCCACCAUACAAAACCUGCGGCGCGAGUACAACAACCUCUCGGCUUCCAGAGCUGAAACCGAAGCAAGAAAGGCAAACCUGGAGGUCCGCUUGAACUCAAGUUUGAGACCACAGUUAGCUGCUCUAGAGACUGAUGAGUUUGAGAGCGAGGGCGAUGUGUCGGCUCAUCUGCGAGCAAAGAAGACUGAACUAGCACGCCUGACCAAGGAACUUGACUCUGUACAAGAGAGCUUGGAUGAACUCGAAGAUCAAAUCGAGUCUGCCUCUACUGAAGUUGCCCAACUUGAAGCACAGGCUGCAGAGACGCGUCGACAACAGGAAGAACUCGCCAAGGCCAUCGAACGACAUCAGCGCCGACUUGAAAAAUCUGUGCAGAAGAAGGCAGCCCUUCAGGCCUCGAAACAGGAGACAAUCGACAACAUCCGUGAGCUCGGAGCGAUCCCAGAGGAUUUGCGAAAGAAAUAUCGUAACACGGAUUCCAACACCAUAGUCAAGAGACUCCAAAAGGCCAAGGAGGCGCUCAAAAAGUACAGCUCUGUCAACAAGCAUGCCUUCGAGCACUACCGAAAAUCGGCCAAGCAGCGCGAAGAGCUGGAUGGGAGAAGAAAGGAUCUUGAAGCCGCGAAAGCCUCCAUCCAGAACCUCAUCGAAAUUCUUGAUCAAAGAAAGGACGAGGCUAUUGAGCGCACUUUCAAACAAGUCAGUAAAGCAUUUGCUGAGGUCUUUCAAAAACUCGUCCCAGCUGGUCGCGGACGAUUGAUCAUACAGCGAAAGACCGAUAAGCGACAAGCAGAAGAUGAAGAGUCAGAAGACGAACAGCCAGUCAACAAGCGUGGCGUUGAGAAUUACACUGGCGUGGGUAUCAGCGUCAGCUUCAACAGCAAGCAUGACGAUCAGCAGCGCAUUCAGCAGCUGAGCGGUGGGCAAAAGAGUCUUUGCAGUUUGGCUCUCAUCUUCGCCAUCCAAGCUACCGACCCAGCGCCCUUUUACAUCUUUGACGAAAUUGACGCCAAUCUCGACGCUCAAUAUCGUACCGCUGUUGCAGACCAUCUCCUCUAUCUCGCGAAUAGAGCAGACGAGGAGCCGGCCGACGGAGACGAGAGACCUACUGGCGGCCAGUUCAUUUGCACUACUUUCCGACCUGAGAUGUUGCGAGUGGCUGAUAAGUGCUUUGGUGUACGAUUUGGGAGCAAUGUCAGCAGCAUCCGUGAGGAGAGCAUGGAAGACGCCUUGGAUUUCGUGGAAAGUCAAACUCAGUGACGUGGUCACGACAAGGGUUGUAGAGUAGUCGACUGUUCACGGUAUGGCGCAAUGAUGUGUUUGUAUUGACGAAUGGGAGUUUGAUGGUGCUCGGGUACGACGUUACUGCAUCACUAUUGCUUGGGACAUGGGAAGUGAGUGGCAGAUGGAAUGUGGGCUUGUAACAACAUGAUCAACAACGACGAGACCGUGGGUGGAUGGAUAUUGAGUUCCGGCUUUUCACGAUUGAUGAAGUUUUCUUAUCUGCCUUGGGAAUAAAUCUUUCUCUGCUGGGGUAAAAUGACAUUCUUGAGAGAAAUGACCAUGGGUUUGAACUUUGAGAGUAAUUCUGUCCACACUGAAGCAUCACUCAGUACUGUAACCACCUCAACGACAACAAGGACGGCGGC